CUAAUAAGAAGCACCAGUUUCUUUUAUGCAUCCUGUAUUCAGUAUUCAAAGAAGUUUUAAAUUGGUAAUUUCAUGAAGAUUAAUUACAAAUCCAAUUUGUAAAAAUGGUACACUAAAUCUGGUAAGUUCAUGAUGAAAACCAAGUCAAAACAUAACAUCAUUGAGUCCUCUCCAAGUGGGAAUGUGAAUAGAAUACGAUAAUAUAAAGCAAAAAGUAGAAAUAAACCCAAUUCAGUUGAUGAGGACUGAUUAUAGACCAUGAGUUAAUGAUAAACCAACUUUAUGUAAUUCUUCAACUGCUUGAUCCUCGUGUAUGUUGGACCCUUUAUUUUCUUGGUGAGUUCACGGGGUAAAGUUUUUAGCUGAAAACGAGCAGUCUCUUGUCUAGUAUGUGUUCGUUUUUGCCUUUGACUAGUUCAUCUUAGUCUCUUGUCAGUGAUGAUAUCAAAUUAGAUUUGUGCCAGCUUGUGUCUGCAUGCAGAGUCUUGAAAGUUGCAAUCUGUAUGGUUGCUUUUCUCUCUUAGAUUUGGACAUAUUCAAGCUCAAAGCCACAUGAGUAUAAUUUACUUCUAUGAUUCAUGCAUACAGAAGCAUUAGAAAUCGUCCUCAAAAGCAGUAAUGUACAAAUAAUAAUUAAAAUGGGAAUGACACGACACGGCUCGUCUCAACAAUUUGUUUCGAACUAGACAAAAUUAAUAGAACUAGAGGAAAGAUCUUAAGCCGUUUAAUCAAAUAGGUUUAAUGGAUAUGACCUUUGUAUUUCAUGAUCAAUUAGAUGUAUUUAUAAAUAACUCUUGGAAUUAAUAGUUUUAAUUUAUUGUUUUUCUUUAACAUAUAUUCUUAAUUUUUGAGUUUUUAAUUAAACUGUGUCUACUAUUGAUUCUCAACAUAAUUUGAUUGUUAAUUCAAUUAUAAUAAUAAUUUGUUUGAAUUUUGAAUUAAUGAAUUGAUUUAAAAUCGUAAAAUUGUGUGAUAUAAAUUGAUAAGUGGGUAACUUAUAAUCUAAUAUGUUAAGAAAUUGGAGUACAUAGGAUGAGUUUAUGUUGUUUCUUUAAGUAAACAAGUAACAGGUGAAUUACUAUGUGAAUUUGAUACAACACGUCCAAUAGUCCCCUCUAGUAUUACUUUGUUACAAUGUGUUUAAUAUUUAUUGAUUACUUAAUAAAUUGAGGUUAAAUUAGAUUAUGUGCCAUACAUACAGGUUUAUUAAUAAUCAUAUUAAUAAUCAACAACUUUCGCAUUUUCAAAUACUUGUUUGAUUUUACUCUCGUAUCAAGUGCUCAUUGACAAACUCUUUCAACUCAGUUGAUGAAAAUAGAUUUUAGGGUUGACAAUCCCUAAGAAAUUCAAAUAUAAUCCAAAUCAAUUGUGAAUAAUCUCAAUGAAUUCAAAAUAUUUUUUAAAUCAGCCAUUAAAUUAUCUAUUAUUUUAAAUUUAAAUUAUGUGUUAUUUUUUUAAAAUAACAAUAAGUUAGCUUGAAAUCAAAUUUAUUAAACUCAAUCAAUUAAUCAAAAUUAUCGGCUCUACUCAUUUGGAUUUCUAGUAGAGUAGUGGUAAGAUGUGAAUAUGAGAAUACAAUUCAUCUUGUAGUUUCUUAUAAUAUAUUUGGAUAAUAAUUUUUUAUAAAAUGAUUGAUUAAAAGAAAUUGAAAUUUAUACAUAAUUAGUUGAAAAUAAAAAUAUUAGAAAGUUUAAAUGAGAAAAUGAAAAGUGUUUAGGAUGUAUUAGAAACAAGGGGUGUACUAGUCUACAACUCUUUCAAAUUUAUUUAUUUUUUGAUAGUAAGUCUUUCAAAUUUGAUUUUAUGAUAUUUUUGUAUGUAUGAUAUAAUAAAUAUACAAUCAAUCAAGUAGGAGUAGUAGUAUAUACCCGUGACCCGUGAACAAAGAUAGCGCGUUCAUAAAUAAGUAACCACGUGUCUAACUGGGAAGCACCGUGCACGACACUCACCCACCGUGUCAUUUAACCCCGCCCUUAUCUUCCUAUCCCAAUCACUCUAUCACCCUCAACUAGCGGCUAUUAGCCUUACCCGCCCCUCUUUUUUCCUUUUAAAUUUAAAUAUUUAAUAUAUUUCCACCUCCCACCAAAAAUAAAAAAAUAAAUAAAAUAAAAUAAGCUGCUAAUUGCUAUAGCCUAUAGCGGCCAUUAGCUAACUUCUAUAUCCAGUCAUCUUGCAUCUUCGUACCUUUUCUGCACUUUUCUCAAUCCAAAAAGCCAAUUUACCUUUUCUCCUUCUCAAUCAAAACAUAAAUAAAAUUAACACAAAUGUUGUCAACUUCUAACGGCGUCGCAUGCAUGGAAGAUACAGGAGAACAAUACGACACCGUUUCAUGGACUUCUCGUCCACCACUUGACGGUGGUGAUUGGUAUCUCACUGCCGGUAACAUUAUCAAUCCACUACCACUUCAAUUAAACCCAGAUAACAUGAUUUUACCUUGUACUAUGCAGACCACGUCGUCUUCUUCUUCUCAAUUACCUCACUCUUCUUUCCUCAAUCCACUUGAAUUUUCGUCUUUCAAUUUCUCUUCUGAACCGGGUUUGGCUUUUCUUCCUCCGGUUCAGAAUCAUCAGCCAAGUUCCUAUUUUGAGCUUUCCGGGUUUGAUAGUAUUGAUCCCAACAGGGUGAAAAUGUUGAUGCCACUUGAUAUGGGUCAUACUAAUGGCCUUCCUCCCGUUGAGCCCAGUUUGUUUCAAAAACAGGCCAUGAUGGGCUCGGGUUUGACAGGAAAGAGGAAAAGGGAUGUUGUUAAUGUUGAGGAGGAUGAAGUGGAAGGGAGUUUUGGGGUUCCAAUGAUGAAUUAUGAUACUGAUGAGCAAAUUGAGGAAGCUGAUGGUGAAGGGAAUACUGUUGGAGUUAAUAGUGCUAAUAAUAUUAAUGAUAGUGAUAAUGGUAAUUUCAGUUGUGAUUUUGAUGGGGGAUUUUCCAACUCGAAAACAAAUAGUAUUGUCACAGGUGGGGUUGGGGAAGGGGAAGGGAAAGGAAAAGGGAAGAGGAAGGGGUUGCCAGCCAAGAAUUUGAUGGCGGAGAGGCGGCGGAGGAAGAAGCUUAAUGACCGUCUUUAUAUGCUUAGGUCGGUCGUGCCUAAGAUAAGUAAGAUGGACAGAGCCUCUAUACUCGGGGAUGCUAUUGAUUAUUUGAAAGAGCUCUUGGAGAGGAUCAACGAGCUUCACAAUGAAUUAGAGUCGUGUAAUCAAGGCCCUCUGAUGCCGGCUAGUUCUCAUCCUUUUACAUUAAUCCCACCCACUCUACCAUGUCAUGUUAAGGAGGAACUUUCACCCAGCUCUUUGCCCGGCCUCAAGAAUCAGCAUGCGAGGAUUGAAGUCAGUGCCAGAGAAGGAAGAGCGGUUAAUAUCCACAUGUUUUGUGCUCGUAGACCUGGUUUGUUGCUAUCAACUUUAAGAGCUUUGGACAACCUUGGAUUGGAUAUACAGCAAGCUGUUAUAAGCUGUUUCAAUGGGUUUGCUUUAGAUGUCUUCCAAGCCGAGCAAUGCGGGGAAGGGAAUGAGAUUUUGCCAGAGCAGAUCAAAGCUGUGCUGUUGGAUUCAGCAGGUUUCCAUGGUGUGAUGUAGGAACCUUGGGCUAAAAUUCUGUAAUAUAUUUGUCUCCUUUUACUGCCUGCUUACGGUCAAUCAGUAAUGAAUUUUCAUUUGAUUAUUAUCUGAUGAAAUAUGUACUUUAUUUGUACUGCUUGGAAAGGAGUAAAAGCAUUGAUUUUCUCCCUCUUUUCCUGCAUUCAAUUGGCUAGUGGCCACAAUUUCACUUUUUUCAUUUGAGCAUGAUCAAAGCUGAAGUACAAUCUAUCAAUGAAGAAAUUUUUUCUUUG